AUGUCAGCUAACUGUGCCCCUUGUCUCUCCCAACUCAUAUGCGCAGCCACCCCUGACCUGGUCGAAGCGGAGAAGGCCAACCUGCAACAGCAAAUCACAGCUGCAUCGGCUAUUCUUGUGGCUGAAGCAAGGUGUUUCCCUGAGGAUCGUGAAGGAAUGCAAGAGGAGAAGACAAUGUGGCUGCGAUGCUGGGAGGAGAAGACAGCUAUGCUUAUGCCGUUGGUCAAGCGUGGGAAGGAGCUCGGUGUCACAGUAAGGGUGGACGCAGCAGAAGUGCCUAUACUGGCCGAAGCAGACAAUGUCUACGAGCGGUGGACAGUGGAGGAGGCUGAAGUGCAUGCAAGGGCCGAGCAGGAUGUCCAGAUGGGGGAUGAGAAUGUGCAGGAGACUGGAGGGCUGGGUGCAAGCAUCGCAGUGCCUGUGGCAACAGAGAAGAUGUUGCACGUAGAGGUGGUGUCCCAUCCGGUGUGGAAGCGAUCACAGCAGACUGUUGCAGAGAGCAAAGAUGAGGACGAGCCCAAGAUUGUCAUUCCUCCUGGCUCAAUCCUCCACAAGGUCCCAUGCACACAGUGCACAGGGUGCGAGAAGUCGACAAAGGCCACAGGAAAGAAGGUGCAGGCAGGUGCAUCGGCCUCGAAGACUGCGAAGGCAAGCUUGUCCAAGAGAGUCAUAGAUGACGAUGAUGAUGAUGAUGAAGUCAAGGUGGUCAAAAGCCACACACGUGCGAAGGGGAAAGCACCAGUGCAUAGCCAGCUCGAUGCCAAGGUCAUGGCCGACCUGUCGCAGUUGCUGAGGCUGCUUCGUGCUGAGGCCAUGGAGUCACAGGCCACAUACCUUCGCCUGCAGGUGCGCAUCAAUCAACUUGCCGAAGCUCUGGAGAAGAUUGGGGUGGAAUAA